UUCUAUUUGGGUCUAAAUAGCAGGAAUGCUAUCACGGUCAGAGAUAAUUAGCUUGGGAGAAGAUCUCCCUGAGCCUUCCACUGAAGGCUUUGGAAGACCUGAGCGGCAGAGGGGGUUUUGCGUCCAAAUGGCCUUGCCCCAUUUCGGUCACUUCCUCGUCAAACAGAAGUUCAGCUGUAGACAAAGGCAGGGCCCUGGUGCCGAAGACCCCCCGGUCUCCUCUGAAAUGAAGGUCAUUGCCAUUCUCAUUGUCUUCAUCUCCUGCUUGACAGCCCCCACCCUCAGCAGCUUCUGGCAGUUCCAGAGGAUGGUCAAGCACGUCACAGGGCGGAGCGCCUUCUUCUCCUAUUAUGGAUAUGGCUGCUACUGUGGGCUUGGGGGCAAAGGAGUCCCUGUGGACGACACAGACAGAUGCUGCCGGGCCCAUGACUGCUGCUACAAGAAGCUGAAGGAGCUUGGCUGCCAGCCCUUGCUGAACAGCUAUCACUUUCACAUCCUCAACGGAACGGUGGUCUGUGGAUGCACCCUGAGUCCCAGUGGCAGUUGCCUCUGCGGGAUGAAGGCCUGCGAGUGUGACAAGCAGUCCGUGUACUGCUUCAAAGAGAGCCUGCCCACCUAUGCGAAAAACUUCAAGCAGUUCUUCUCCAGCCGGCCGCAGUGCAGCGGACAUAAGCGCCAGUGCUAGGGAGGCCACCGCCCUUCGUUGCUGUUGCCCCCCUUUCCAAGAAGCCAACUCCUGCCAACCUCGACAGGCUGCCGUUCUUGUAGCUUCCCCUGCACCAUCGCCGCCUCCUCAGGUGCGCCCCUCACUCCACACCUGAGGCCUGGAGCUCAGAAACGGAGAAGCACUCAUGCUCUUGGGAGGGAGACAGAACACAGAUACCUGCUAAAUGAUGGAUACUUCCAGACAGUAGUAAGUGCUAUGAAGUAAUAGAAUAAAGCCACAGGGUAGAGAGACGCCCCAACCAUGCUUGCAGGAAGGCUCUAGGAUGGGAGAAGCCCCUGGAUCUAUCCCAAAUUCUCCCUCCACUCCCCCCACCCCAAAUCAGGGUUUGGGGCAGACUUGGGAGCCCGACCCAUGACACAAAUCUGGCUAGGAACAAAGGAGAGACCCUGAGAGGCACCCUCGGAGUCUGGCUCUUAUUCGUUCAAAGUCUGCUCUUUAAACUCACAGGUAGGAAAAAAAUUGAUGCUGAUUUCAUGUCUCAGGAGCCGGAGCACAUGAGGAAGGAAGCCCCCACCACUGCCGUGUGGGUGUCCUGGCCGAGGGCGCUGUGCUCCUUGCUGAAUUCAUCCCUUGAUGAGUUCAGAGCCCACUGUGCUGUUGCGGGGGGGAGUCUGGGUGGAGCUGGGACGCUGGGUUGUGACGUGGAAGGGUGGGUUCUCAUUCUGGGCCUCUCCCUCCUCCUUCUGCUUCCUGGCUGCCAUGGGCUGUUGGAUACCUCUGCCCCACUGAGCCCUUCCACAUGCGUGUCUGCCGACUUUGGAGUCAAAUAAA